AUUUGAGGUCACAGGAUGAUAGAUAAAACGGGCAAUCCCUCAAUGAGGAGAGAGUCGGAAGUUCUCCAGAGCAGAAGGCCAGCAGGAUUUCUCUCCAUCAUCAUGGAUAGGCUGGCCUUCGGUUGCCUGCUCUUCCUCGGACUCCUGAACCCACUUCUGUCCCUUCCCGUCACUGACAUUGGUGCAAAGACUCUUCGGCUUCCAGCGCUUGAAGAGGACGCUCACCUGGCCCUGGAGGAGCUGGACAGGAUGGCCCUCCUGCAGACGCUGCGACAGGCAAUGGCCACAGAGGCAGGCGAAGGCCUGGGGGAAGCAGGUGAAGAUCCCAGUGAUGACACUCCCACCCCACGGGGAAGCUUGAGAAAGGCUUUCUCUGGACAAGACUCUAACACUGUACUGAGUCGUCUUUUGGCAAGAACCAGGAAACAACAUAAGCAACAGAGGCCUGUCUCGGAAUGCUUCUGGAAAUACUGCAUUUGAAGAGUUCCGAGCAUCCUCGUCUCCUCAGAACCACCUCUUUAGAAAACUAAAAAGGAAGAUGCCUGAAGAAAAAUCAGGCUAUACACCCCAUUCUUCAUUAUUAUGAGAAAUAAAUCCUCUAUGUUUCGCAAGUA